AUGUCCGCCGACGCAAACGCAACAAUCCUCCUCGAAAUAGCGAGCAAUCUCAUCGACUCUGUCCCUAAAUCCGAUACCCACUCGGUCGCCAGCGCAGCCAUGGAUUCCAGCGGGCGCAUCCACACAGGCCUCAAUGUCUACCACUUCACGGGCGGCCCGUGUGCCGAACUGGUCGUGCUGGGCGCCGCAGCGGCCGCGGGCGUCGGGGUCGGAUUGAGCACGGAGAUACAGUUGACGACGAUCGUGGCGGUCGAUAAUAGCGGAAAGGUGCUGAGUCCGUGUGGUCGAUGCCGGCAGGUGCUGGCGGACUUGUGGCCGGGGAUCGGGGUUGUCGUGGAUCAGGCAGACGCGGAAGAGGGCCGGGAGAAGGUAUUGAGGGUUGUGGGCAUGGAGGAGCUGCUGCCUUGGGGGUAUGUCUGGGCUUAUCAGUCUUGA